AUGCCACCAGUACGCAAUAAGAGAGCUAAGAAAGGCACAUGUACCUCGAUAGAUACUAUGAGUAUCUCCGCUUUGAGAAAGAAAAUACGUGAUAAUGAACGAGUUUUAAGAACAAAAAGGGUACAUUCAGCUAAAGGUCAAGUAGGUCUGGAGCGUCAACUUAAAGCUUUGAAAUUAAUGCUCAUUGAGAGAAUUAUUGAGUCAAAAGAAAAGAAAUUUACCUCCAAAUAUCGAAUGGUUAAGCAUUUUGGUAAUAGAAAAAAAGUUGAACGUGCAAUAAAAAAGGCUGAGAGACAAGUUUCAGAAGCUCAAACUCCACAAGAGAAAGAAAGCUCUAAACAGAAGUUAUAUGAAUUACAGAUAGAUUAUAAUUAUAUAAUG